AUGCCUGUGACAGAAAAAGACGGUGCCAACCUGGGUGCAAACUCAAUUGCUUCCAACAACAGUUCUAGCUCCUUCAAAAAACAAGACAAUAAAGUAGUUACAUACGUUGAAUCAAACUCAUCUUUAGAGUCAGAUGAACUUUCAAAGAACCCGUUUUUAGAUCCCAAAGUGGAAGAAUAUUACCGUGAAUUAUACGAAGAUUCAAAAUAUGAAAGUUACAGUGCAUUUGAUCCACAAUUCACCUGGAGUAAAGAGGAAGAAAAUAAAGUCGUCAAAAAAAUCAACGUUCGGGUAGCGUUAACAGCAUGUAUGCUUUUUGUCGGGUUGCAGGUUGAUAGAGGAAAUCUCCAACAAGCAGUUAGUGAUAACUUAUUGAAAGAUUUGGGGUUGACGACAAAUGACUACAACACUGGAAAUACUAUCUUCUACGUCUGCUUCUUGGUUGCUGAGCUCCCUUCUCAAUUAAUUUCGAAAGCAUUAGGUCCAGAUAUCUUUAUUCCAAUCCAAAUGUGUGCAUGGUCAAUAGUUGCCAUGAGCCAAGCAGCUUUAAAAGGCAAAGCGUCAUUCUUCGUAACUAGAGCUCUCAUUGGUGCUCUUGAAGGUGGGUUUAUUGCCGAUUUGGUAUUAUGGUUGAGUUAUUUUUUCACAAGUAAAGAGUUGCCAGUGAAGUUAUCAUGGUUUUGGACCACCUUAUCCUUGGUUCAGAUUGGUACCUCACUAUUAGCAUUUGGUAUUUUAAGAAUGAGAGGCGUAGCUGGAUUAGAAGGGUGGAGAUGGCUCUUCUUACUUGAAGGUAUAAUUACACUCUUAAUUGGUAUUGCUGCAUUCUACUUGAUGGUUCCAUCAGCAGUGCAAACUAAAAACUGGAUGCACCCUAAAGGAUGGUUUACUGACCGCGAGGAGAAGAUUGUCGUCAACAGGAUUUUGCGGGAUGACCCUACCAAGGGAUCCAUGCACAAUAGACAAGGAAUCACCCCCAAGGCACUUUGGAACAGUUUAACUGAUUAUAAUCUUUGGCCCAUUUAUGCCAUUGGCCUUAUUGCUUACAUUGGUACCAGUACCUUCGGUGCUUACUUUACAUUGAUGAAUAAGCAAUUGGGAUUCUCAACUUUUGACACUAAUUUGUUAACCAUUCCACAAGCUGUUUUGCAUAUUAUAUUUUUGUUAGCUAUCACCUGGUUCUCAGAGAAGGUCAAUGACAGGGCAUUUGUCGCCUUAAUUGCACCAUUGUAUGCUCUCCCACUCAUCGGUAUUAUAAGAUGGUGGCCAGGUUCCGGUAAGAACAUAUGGGGAACUUAUGUUUUAAACACAUUGUACGUUGGGCAACCCUACAUUCAUGCAAUCUGUGUUUCGUGGGUAUCAAGAAAUUCAAACCAUGUCAGAACUAGAUCAAUAUCAUCGGCAGUGUACAAUAUGUUUGUUCAAUUGGGCUCCAUCAUUGCCUCCAACAUUUACAGAAAGGACGAUUUACCUUUGUACAAGCGUGGUAAUAUGCAAUUGUUUGUGAUAACUUUGAUUCUAAUCCCCGUUUUGCUCCUAGCCAAGGGCUACUAUGUCUGGCAAAACAAGCGAAGAAAUAAUUUAUGGAAAGCCAUGACUGAGGAAGAAAAAGACGAUUACAGAAAAACCACCAAAGAUGAAGGUGCCAAGAGGUUGGAUUUCAGAUUUUCUCAUUAA